CUGUGCGCUAGGCUGUGCAGCGGCUGAGUGAUUAUAUCGAUUGCUCAGCUGACGGUUGGCGGGCGCCGCGCCGCCAUGUUACUGUCUGGCCUGUUCCGCACUGCUUUCUCACACUCGGUGAGACAGAUACGUUAUGUACAAAGGACAGCUCAAUGUGCAGGAGGAAGUGGUGCAGCCUCAUUUGUGCAUAGGGAUACACCUGAUAACAAUCCAGAUACACCAUUUGAUUUCACACCAGAAAAUUAUAAGCGGCUAGAUGUUAUUCUCAGUAGUUAUCCAGAAGGACAUAAAUCAGCUGCUGUAAUCCCAGUGCUAGAUCUGGCUCAGAGACAACAUGGUUGGUUACCUAUCUCUGCCAUGAAUAAGAGUCUUCAUAGGAGUUGUGAUGGCAGAUCUUUUCAGGUUGGCGAGCUUCUGAAUAUGCCUACUAUGAGGGUAUAUGAAGUAGCAACAUUUUACACUAUGUUUAAUCGCAAGCCAAUGGGAAAGUUCCACAUUCAGAUCUGCACAACCACACCAUGCAUGCUUCGAGACUCUGACAGCAUUGUAGCAUGCAUCACGAAAAAGCUUGGAAUCUCGAUUGGAGAAACUACGCCUGACAAGUUUUUCACCGUCACAGAAGUGGAGUGCCUGGGUGCCUGUGUCAAUGCACCAAUGGUGCAAAUUAAUGACAACUAUUAUGAAGAUUUAACGACGAAAGAUAUGGAGGAAAUAAUUGAUGAAUUAAAAGCUGGCAAGAUUCCCAAACCUGGCCCAAGGAGUGGACGUUUUUCUUGUGAGCCUGCUGAAGGUUUAACUUCACUACUAGAACCACCGAAGGGACCGGGUUUUGGAAUUCAGCCAGACCUUUAACCAGCUUGUUCUGUCUACAUUAUCAAUUAUAUCUUGAAAUUAUGAAGUUAUCUGUGUACACAAGGUAUAAAUGUAUAUAAAAAUGUUCAUACCACCUUAAA